AUGGCCUCCUCCCUCUGUGGCCUCCUCCCUCUGUGGCCUCCUCCUCCUACUCUCUAUGGCCUCCUCCCUCUGUGGCCUCCUUCUCCUCCCUCUGUGGCCUCCUCCUCCUCCCUCUACGGCCUCCUCCCUCUGUGGCCUCCUUCUCCUCCCUCUGUGGCCUCCUCCUCCUCCCUCUAUGGCCUCCUCCCUCUGUGGCCUCCUCCUCCUACUCUCUAUGGCCUCCUCCCUCUGUGGCCUCCUCCUCCUACUCUCUAUGGCCUCCUCCCUCUGUGGCCUCCUUCUCCUCCCUCUGUGGCCUCCUUCUCCUCCCUCUGUGGCCUCCUCCUCCUCCCUCUAUGGCCUCCUCCCUCUGUGGCCUCCUCCUCCUACUCUCUAUGGCCUCCUCCCUCUGUGGCCUCCUCCUCCUACUCUCUAUGGCCUCCUCCCUCUAUGGCCUCCUCCCUCUGUGGCCUCCUCCUCCUACUCUCUAUGGCCUCCUCCCUCUGUGGCCUCCUUCUCCUCCCUCUGUGGCCUCCUCCUCCUCCCUCUACGGCCUCCUCCCUCUGUGGCCUCCUUCUCCUCCCUCUGUGGCCUCCUCCUCCUCCCUCUAUGGCCUCCUCCCUCUGUGGCCUCCUCCCUCUGUGGCCUCCUCCUCCUACUCUCUAUGGCCUCCUCCCUCUGUGGCCUCCUUCUCCUCCCUCUGUGGCCUCCUCCUCCUCCCUCUACGGCCUCCUCCCUCUGUGGCCUCCUUCUCCUCCCUCUGUGGCCUCCUCCUCCUCCCUCUAUGGCCUCCUCCCUCUGUGGCCUCCUCCUCCUACUCUCUAUGGCCUCCUCCCUCUGUGGCCUCCUCCUCCUACUCUCUAUGGCCUCCUCCCUCUGUGGCCUCCUUCUCCUCCCUCUGUGGCCUCCUUCUCCUCCCUCUGUGGCCUCCUCCUCCUCCCUCUAUGGCCUCCUCCCUCUGUGGCCUCCUCCUCCUACUCUCUAUGGCCUCCUCCCUCUGUGGCCUCCUCCUCCUACUCUCUAUGGCCUCCUCCCUCUAUGGCCUCCUCCCUCUGUGGCCUCCUCCUCCUCCUCUCUAUGGACUCCUCCCACAGUCCUGUCUAA